GCGGAAUUAAAAUCCUUUCCUCGGCUUUGCCCAAGCGAAAUGUUUCUCAGGCAUACUCGAAAGUAGAAUCCAUAAUUGGCAAAGAACUCGAGGGUAUCAAGGCCGCUGGAACAUGGAAGACGGAACGAGUUAUCACCAGCAAGCAGGCAGCCGAUGUAACUGUUGCCGGAAGCAAGACCGGUAGCCAUCCAAGGGUAAUUCAAAGGGCAAUGGAAUGCCUUAAAUCACAUGGCGCCGGUAUGAGUUCCGUGCGAUUUAUCUGUGGAACAACAGAUAUCCAUAAACAAUUGGAGGAACAAAUUGCUCGUUUCCAUGGCCGGGAAGAUUCUAUUUUGUUCCCUAGCUGCUUCGAUGCGAACGGGGCAAUUUUCGAAGCCCUGCUUCAGCCAGAGGACUGUGUCAUUUCUGAUGAGCUAAAUCACGCGUCUAUAAUCGAUGGCAUCAGGCUUUGCCGCGCUAAACGUCUCAGAUACAAGCAUGGUGAUAUGAAGGACUUAGAGCGCUGCCUGAAAGAAGCCAGUGACUGCCGUACGAAACUGAUUGCCACUGACGGUGUUUUCAGUAUGGACGGCAAUAUUGCUAAGCUUCCGCAAAUUUGUGAAAUUGCUGAUCGAUAUGGCGCAAUCACCUUCAUUGACGAAUGCCAUGCUACUGGUUUCUUCGGAAAAACCGGCAGGGGCACUGAGGAAUACUAUGGCAUGCAAGGAAAGGUCGACAUUAUCAACUCAACUCUAGGCAAAGCACUUGGCGGUGCUUCUGGUGGCUAUACGGCCGCAUCCAAAGAAAUUGUCAACCUCCUCCGUCAGCGUGGCAGGCCCUACCUCUUCUCCAAUAGUAUCCCACCUGCAGUAGUCGGCGCCGCCUUGGGUGCUUUCGAACUUCUCACAGAAAGUUCCGCUCUGCCAGAAAAAUUGCACGGCAAUAUUAAGAGAUUCCGUGACACAAUGACCUCCCGAGGAUUCACACUGGCUGGUGACUACGAUCAUCCUAUCGCUCCCGUCAUGCUCGGUGAUGCUCGGCUCGCCGCCAAUUUCGCCGAUGAAAUGCUCAAACAAGGUAUCUACGUCAUUGGUUUCAGCUAUCCAGUUGUACCAAAAGGAAAGGCACGCAUACGUGUCCAAAUCUCAGCGGCUCACUCUACUGAACAGAUCGACAAAGCCAUCGAUGCUUUCACGAAAGUUGGCAAGAAACUUAAUGUUAUCCACUGA